UACUGAGAGACGAAACGCAUAAAACCGGCCGCUUGCACCGCACCGGUGCCUAGUUUUCGCUGUUUUCAUUUCUGUAGAUAAACGCGCAGGGUCUUGCGGUGUUUCUGCGCUGUUGUGUUCAGAGAGAUAAUUACUUGUUUCAUUGAUAACGUUGUUAAUGUGUGGCUCUGAGUUUGCUUGGCUGGAUACCCGCCAAUAAAUAAACUCAUAAAGUUAAAAUAGGUGCCUAAUAUAAUAUACAGGACAUUUCAGAAGCUAGUGAACACACGAGAGGGAGGAGGGGAUGUUAUCAGUGGAUGAGCGCCAUUAGGUGCUGUUGAAAUGUAACUACAUUCCAGAGACUUUUCGUAUUCAUCCAUAUGUUGUAGGGGGAGCAGAACAUAACCUGCUGGGAAUCUCGUGGGUGGACAGUGGCUGGAUUCCCAUUCUCAACCCCGGGAAUGUUCUGGAUUAUUUCUCUGAGAGGAGUAACCCCUUCUAUGACAGGACCUGCAACAACGAAGUGGUCAAAAUGCAGAGGCUCACUCUGGAACAUUUAAACCAGAUGGUUGGAGUCGAAUACAUUCUGCUUCACGCACAGGAGCCCAUUCUCUAUAUCAUCCGAAAACAACAAAGACAGUCUCCAAAUCAAGUCAUCCCUUUGUCUGAUUACUACAUCAUAGCUGGUGUGGUGUACCAGGCUCCAGACCUGGGAUCUGUCAUAGGCUCUAGAGUGCUGUCUGCUGUGCACGGGGUCCAGUCUGCAUUCGAUGAGGCAAUGUCCUACUGCAGGUACCACCCCUCCAAAGGGUACUGGUGGCAGUUCAACGACCAGGAGGAGCGAGAAAAAUCCAAGCCCAAAACCAAGAAGAAGGAAGAGCCGAGCUCACUGUUCCAGAGACAGAGGGUGGACAUGCUGCUCCUGGACCUGCGGCAGAAAUUCCCUCCCGCGUUUUACCAGCCAAAGUCUGGAGAAAAACCUAUACCAGUGGAGAUAAAGAAGGAGCCUGAGCUGCCAGCAGAGACAGCGAAGCAGGAAGAGAGAGACUCUGCCAAGAAUCCCCAGCAAGCUCCUGCCACCAAAGCACCUCCAGAGAAACGAGCGCGGCUACAGUGACGGCAUGGGGACACACACACACACACACACACACCCCCCCCGAACACAGAGGGACAGGCUGCGGAGUGACGUUUUCUUUUCACCUGCUGUGAGUGUGUCUUGGCUCUGAUUUGGGAGCGAGACCUACCCUCUCCAGCCAUGUGUCAGGUUCUGACGGUGAAGGCGAAGGGCUUUCUUACUGCUCCCUAGUGCUUAGUGCCACAUGGACAGGAUUUGACAUUCCUGACUCAAACCUAGACUGUGGCAGAUGGGCUUAUGUUCAUGCAUCUGUAAGCAAACAGGCAAGCAAGCAUCACGACCUGUGGAUACUGUUAAUAGCAUUCAGCCACAUUUAGGAUCUUUAGGAUUUGUGUUUUUGUACCAAUGAAUGUCAUUUUAUAUACUGUACUUGCAGUGUAUUGCAGUUUUGUUUUUUGUUCUUAAGAAAGAAAUUAAAUUGCCAAUAAAUCUGUUUAUUAGUUUAUUAAGAACUUACUAAGGACUGUAUGUUGCACAAGAUACUGUGUGUGAUAGAGCCAGGGCAAGGAGAUUCAUUCUACUGACCUGCAGAACUUACUAUCAAAAUACACUUUUGUCUGAGGUUUCUCUCCCAUUCAUUUGUGCAAUGAUUGGGACAGAACUGAGAUUGUGAAAUCUGUUAAUAAAUACAUUCUUGAUUAUA